ACUAACUACAGCUCGGAAGCUCAACGCUCAGCUCAAACUCACUUAUUGAACCUACCCUUCCUUCCUCCACGCAUAUUCUCCCCCUCUCAAGCGAAAUCGCACCCUUGUACAGUGCGCAGCACCGCCGAAAAGGAAAAUGGCCGCCCCCGCCGCGCCACCCGCAACCCAAGCACCAAACUGCACAGUCUACGUCCGCAACCUCGAAGAACGCAUCAAAGUUGACCAGCUGAAAGAGUCCCUGGAAGAGAUCUUCUCGGAGUACGGCAACGUGAUCGAGAUCGUGGCGAAGACGAACCUGAAGGCGAAGGGACAGGCGUUUGUGGUUUUUGACUCCGUGGACGCCGCCAGCCGCGCCAUCGACGAGAUCAAUGGGUUUGAGCUGUUCGAUAAGCCCAUGGUGCUGGAGUAUGCGCGCACGCGCAGUGAUGCGACGGUUUUGAGGGAGGGUGGGGAGGAUGAGUUGGAGGCGCAUAAGCGGCGGAGGGGGGCGGAGAAAGAACGCAAACAAGCACACGAGGCCCUCGAAGCGCAAAAGAAACUCAAACGUCCCCCCGGCGCCGUGCCCGCGCCCACCGACUCCGGCCGCCCCGCGAAGGCCGCCAAGGGCGCCGGCCUCAAGCCCACCAGCGGCGCCGCCGCCACCGUCAUCCCCGACGAGUACCUGCCGCCCAACAAGAUCCUGUUCCUGCGCGACCUGCCCGACUCCGCCGACCAGGACUCCCUCACCGCCGUGUUCGCCCGCUUCGAGGGCUUCCAGGAGGUGCGUCUGGUGCCCGGCCGCAAGGGCAUUGCCUUCGUCGAGUACGAGAACGAGUCCGGCGCUAUCAGUGCCAAGGAGGCUACCUCGGGGAUGCCUAUGGGCGAGAAUGGGAAGCCCAUCCGCGUUACUUACCAGAGACAAUAAUGCGUUGUAUUCCUGUUUGUUGGCGUUUUGGGGUUGUGUGGGCUUUUUCCUACUUGUUCGUUUAUCUUGUUUUGUCUCACAUGCAAUGCUCAUUGCUUGCUUCUGCGGCCGGGGGAUAUGUUCUCUGGUGGACUCCAAACUCGCAUUCAAAUGACCAUGGACGAAUAUCAGCUACAUGCUAGAAGUGUACUAGUUACAUGACAAGGGCAAAGGGGCAU